AUGCCGGUCGGUCCCAACGGUGCUGUGCUUCUCCAACACUAUGUUCCAACCGAGGACAAAGCAGAGGACAGGACUCGUUCCACGACAGGACGCGAUAUUGAUGUUAUAUUAUAUGAUGCGCUGCGCUGCACUUUGCAAUCGUGUCUUGACCUCUACGGUAUCUGGCGAUCCAGUGGUGAGUCCCUUGACGGUGCUGGUGAGGACGGCAGUAAGCCCCCAACAGGGUGCGUGCUAGCGCAAAGCCCUUGUCAAGUCAACCCCGGCAGCGUCCGUGACAAGGAAGAGCUCAAGCAGCGGUCAGUGGGUGAUGAGGGCACGUUGUGCCAGCUUGAGCGAUAA